GAGAGGGGGACGCUCGCGAAGAUGGCGGCGCUGUGCGAGAGCUUCACGCUGUGCGGGUUGGGUCCCAGCGGCGGCGUCGGGCUCGGCGGUGGCCUCUUGGCGCUGGAACCGGGCCCCGACCCCGACCACGUCCUGCUCACCGACCGCGGCAGGACGGCCACGCUCUUUAAGGUUUCAGAUCAGAAGCCGCUGGGUUGUUGGUCAGUUAAACAUGGACAGAUUAUCACAUGUCCAGUUGUAUGCAACUUUGAAACUCACGAAUACAUAGCUGUUCAUGAUGACAAGGUUUUAAGAAUAUGGAAGAACAAAGAUAUUAACUUGGACAAAGUAUUUAAAGCAACACUUUCAGCUGAUGUAUACAGAAUACAUUCCCUACCCAAUGGAGGGCCAGUGGUGCUAUUCAAAGGAGGUGGCGUUCGAACUUUAGAUGUCCUUUUAGAAGCCCCACAACAAGAAAUCGAAAACAUCAUCACAGAUGAAGUCAUCAAGUGGAGUGAAGCUUUUAUGGAAGGUCAACAACCUGUCUUAAUUUUCACUACUGAGAAGGAUGGGGAGUUUUUUGUCUACGUACGGAAACUUAAGAUGAAUGGUCUACACAAAUAUAAGCUUGAACAGCAGGAAUUAUCUAAGCCACUGAAUUUCACAGCACAUAUAAAGAAUCAAACCAUCACCCUUCUGUGCUUGUAUUCCAAUGACUCUGUGUACAAGUUUCUGAUACCUCUGCAGCAAAAUACUGAAGAAGAGGAGCAAAUUUUAUCCAAGUCGCUACUACUAAAUCUUUCGGUAUCUGGAAGUGUUCUAAAAGGAACUUCUUUCGUUGUUCUUGAUAAAGACCACAUCGCGGUAUUGGGAAGUCUAGCUGCAUCUGGUGAAGAAUCCAAAGAGUGCCUAACAAUAUGGAACACAAAAUUUCAGACAUUGCAAACUUCAAAGGAGCUGCCCCUGGGAACCAGUGGACAAUUGUGGUGUUAUGAGGAAAAAUUUUUUUUUACUCAUGGGAAGGUGCUAACAGUAAUUAUGUACAAGUGUGAAACGUCAUCCUUGGCAGCUGCUGUGGGAAAGCUCAAGGACAGUCAAGCUCCUGAAGUGUCUUCAUUUGUAAACUGGAAUACCCUUGGAGAUGAAGAGCUGGUGGUUUCCUUUCAGUCACAGCAGUCUGUAGCUCUAAAAUUUGAAUCCAAAAUGACUUUACGAUCAAAAAGGACCACUGUUGCUAAAGCACAGCCAGAUACCUUAUCAGUUGGGCAGCUCUUACUAAAUCUAAAAGAUGCUUCUACAACUGCAUUUGAAGAUGAAUUGAGACAAUUGAUGUCAAAAGCACAGAUGCCAGAUUUCCAAGCCACCAUUGGAUGUGUAAUAACUGCCCUUAUAAACAGAUGUAAAACAAAUCCAAAGUACUACCCUCGAAAUUUCCUGCUACAGAUAGUUCAAACACGAGACUUGUCUUACAGUUUGUGUCCAGAUUUAAUGGCUGUUGCUUUGGAGAAAAAAGAUGUGCAUCUCUUACAAAUCUGCUUACAACGGUUUCCAGAUAUUCCUGAAGAAAUUACUUAUGCUUGCUUAAAAGUAUUUUUAAGCAUUAGUGAAGCCUAUCUUCAAAGAAUAGAUGUGAAUCUAGAAUCUGUAAUCUGUUACAUUGAUAUUGAAUUCAACAAUAAAGAAGUUAAGACAGAAAUUGUAGAAAAUGGUUUCAAUGCAGAGCUGGAACAAGACAUCUGGGAUACUAAUACCACAAAAGAAACCCAUCUGACGGCUGAUGGUGAAUUCUGCCCUGUUGGACCGCAGAAGGCAGCAUUAUUAAAUGCUGUUCUCCAUUCGGCUUACAGUGAAACAUUUCUUUUGCCUCAUCUGAAAAACCUUCCAGCUCAGCAAGCUGUUCUGUUUCUCAGGUAUUUAUACUACCUGUAUGUGAAAUGCAGUGAAAAAAUUAAUACUACUCUUCCUGGAAUAUGCUCUCCAACUAUAAAUCAGGUUAUGGAUUGGAUGUGCCUAUUACUUGAUGCUCACUUCACAGUUAUGGUGAUGCUACCUGAAGCAAAAGAGUUGCUUUCAAACCUGCAUAAGUUUGUGAGAGCUCAAGUACGAUUUUACUCUGAACUCAACAAGAUUGAAGGAAGUUUGCGAGAAUUACAAAGACUGCACCACCAGAAAGACUCUCAGACAUAUUCUAUUGAAGUGCUGGAACUUAUUUGAAUUUGAAAUGAAUUAUAAACAAAUUUAUUUUUUAUUGAUUCCUUUUAUGACGAGGAUGUAUUAGCACUCCAUAUUGGGGAUGUGAAAAGUUGUUUUCUACAUAGGAGGAGCACGGUUACUCUGUAGCUACAUGGGAGUUGUAAGUUUGAAGCUCGUGUAUUAAAAGCUCUCUUUUUGACUGGA